AGUCUUAAAUUCUUAGAGAGAGAGAGAGAGAGAGAGAUGGCGAGCUGUUCUUGCUGUGAAAGGAGUGGACUGAAGAAGGGAACUUGGUCUCCGGAGGAAGACAAGAAGCUCAAGGAUUUUAUUACUAAACAUGGAUGUUCCAACUGGCGCCAACUUCCCAGGAUUGCAGGACUGUCAAGGUGUGGGAAGAGCUGCAGAUUGCGCUGGUUGAACUAUCUGCGGCCAAACAUCAAGAAGGGGAACUUCAGCAAGGAAGAAGAACAGAUUAUCAUUCAGUUGCACCAGUCACUUGGGAAUAGAUGGUCUGCCAUGGCUGCGCAGUUACCAGGAAGAACAGACAAUGACAUCAAAAACCACUGGCACACCUACAUCAACAGAAACUCAAGGCAAACCCCAAUCUCAAGACCCAAAAACUCUAGCUCCAAUCAUCCUUGCAGACGCAAAAAGACUGGACAAAAAAGAGUAGCAUCACAACACAAGAUUAAUUCUUCCUCAAACUACUCUUUUACUCUCGAAAUCUUUGAAAGCUCGCUCUUCUCACUGCCGCCGUCGUCCUGUGAAUCAAGCUCGCCGGCGCUAGAUUCUGCGACGAUGAACUCAACGAGCGUCGCCGCAGAGAAUGAUGCUUCGCCUUCCGAAGCGUUGGCCGAAACGGCCGGGAGUUUUUGGACGGAACCGUUUCAGGUAGACAAGUAUGACACCGCGAACGAUUUUCAGGGAGUUUUCUCGGCUCAAUCUCCGGUUUCCGGUGAGGAAUUUCUACAUUCAUAUGGCAUGUGGGAGGAGUAUCAGAAUGCAUUGAACUGGUAAAAGGAAUCUAAAAGAAACUAGCUAGUUUAUCCAUUUUCCCUGCAUCGAUCUCGCUGGCCAUCGGAGCACAAAAUUUUCAGCCAUAAACGAAAUGUGGAAUGAAAGUAAUUUUUAAGGGGUUUUUGGAAUUCAACUUAUGCAGAUGGUCUGUAAAGAACACAACUUGAUUUCACUUAUUAAGAGGCCCAAUGAAGUUUUUCCUUUGUUUUGCAAGCACACCCACCAAAACCGUAAUUAACCUGACGAACUAACUUUAACACAUUAAUCUACGUCACCUACAGUUCAACUUUCACAUCCAUUCAACUUACAAUUCAUUUUUUAUUUUAUAAUCUUGCACCAUCAGAGGUUCUAGUAUUUUCUAAACAUGCAUAAUAAUCGGGGAGACGUCCGCAAGAAACACGUCUUCAUUCAUGGUUAAACGCCAUUCGGAGAACCUUCACCAACCCAUGUCAAAGUCGAAGGGACGUGCGUAUAAAUAAAUAUACAUGCGAUUCGUUCACUAAUUAUUUAGUAUUAACUAAUUAAUUAAUUGAACUCCUUUCUUUAAAUCAUGUGACUAAGUUAAUUAACAGUAUUUCUCACGUGCAUCCGAGACUACAACUAUUUGCCCAGAUCUUGCCCUUUCUUGUUCAAUAA